AUGGUAGAUGUUACAAGACUUUACGUUUUAUUCUUGGUUCCAGUGAACGUAAAACCGAAAACAAAACGUGCAGUUCACAUACAAUCUAUCCCAUCAUCAGACAUCAUUGCAACCCGCGAAAUACAUCACGGACUGGCUAGGCUCUAUGAAAUACAUCCCUAUAAUGGGACUAGGCUUUUUUUAUUUGGCGUUAGUACAUAUUUUGGCUCUGAGGAAAACCGGAAGAUUGAUUUGGAAAUGUUGCAGUCAGUUUUCGAUAGUGAUCAACGUUUUGUUGUUAUCAGUGACAAUAAAUUUCAGACGCAUCCAUGUCGUUUUCUUCUCGAACGUUUCACGUCGUCCGGCUGUGAGAUUUCACGAGUGGAUGAUUUGCAAUUACCAUCUUACCCCAAAACAAUUCCCGCUAUUACAUUAGAUAUUUUCCGUAAUCAAAAUAUCUUGCACAAAAUUUUAGAUAAAAAACUAGGUCGAUUAUUAGUUGAAAUGAGGCGAUAUUUACGAAUGGCUGUAACUUUCACACUGUUUGAAUAUAUUCGGAGAAAUUUCGAAAAUUUACUUAAUGGUCAGAUGGAAAUUCUUACGGCUGAUGUUGAGAAAGAAGAAAAUGUGAUAAUAGUAGUGAGAUAA